GAGCUACGCGCUUGGUAGUUUUAAUAUCUCUGAAAGCAAAUAAUUAGAUGUUGUUUAUAUUGCUAUAGUGUGAAGUGUGUUGUGUGCGUGGUGAUUGACAGUCCAAUUCGUUAACGAUGCAAAGAGAAGAAAAACAGUUGGACGCGGCUUUAGAAGCCUUGAUAUUACGUGUGAAUGAUUUGAAAACCUCUAUCGGUUCAAUGCUUUUCAAAUUAGAACAUGAAUACGAAACCAUUAACUGGCCAACUUUCUUGGAUAACUUUGCUCUAAUGUCAGGUCAUCUGACAUCAAUAUCCAAAAUGCUCAGUCAUGACAAAUCACCGGCGCUGCGUAGCCUGACAGUUCUUCCUCUGCUUUUGAGCCCUGAAAGAGAUGAAGAACUUGUUCGUCUUACCGAAAAUCGUAUUAACACGUUUUCGUAUGAUGUUGUGCCAGAUUAUUUGCGAACGAAACCAGAACCCGAAGUUGAACAUAAAAUGAUGCAGAUGGAACACAAAGCAGCAAACUUAAGUUUCGAAACAGCACAGAAACAAGUUAGUCAAUACACAAAAGUAGUGACACAAGUUUGGGAACUUGUUAGUAAGGCACGAGAGGAAUGGGAAAGUGAAUCAGGAUCACGAUCUGGUGCAAACCAGACGUCAUCUAUGGCAGAUACACACACUCUUGUUGCAGCAGUGGGUAUGGGAAAAGGUCUAGUCCCAAUGGUUCAACAACAAGUAGCUGCAGGACCUCCAGGAAUGAUGGUAGCACCAGUGGGUCGACCAGGUGCAGGAGCACAGCAGCCAGGAGGGCCUCUGAAUCCCAACCAGCCAGUACCUAUGGGACCAAUGGGCAAGGCACCUUCAUCAAUCAAAACGAACAUUAAAGCAGCGACUCAAAUUCAUCCAUAUGGACGAUAAAGUGGCUUUACAUAUAGGCCUACCAAUAAUGGUAGAAUGAUCCACACACAUACAUUCGAAGUAAAAGACUGAUUGUUGUGUUAUUUAUUGAUACUGCUUUAUAUCAUUGUUUUGAUUCAAAACAUCCUUAAAAGUGUUUUAAUUUAUAAAUGUGGUUGAAAUGAAUGUGUAAAAGGUUGGUUUGCAAGCUUUGUAGAAAAUCAGUUCUGUAUACUGAAUAUGGCUUGCCACCAAUUUUCUCUUGUGUGUUUUGCAUAUGAUGAUGUUAGUACAACAUUGCAGCAGCACAGUGUACAUCAUAGAAAUCCAGUCUCUCUGACUGUUGUAGUGUAAGUCAAGUUCAAAGUUCAGUGCCUUUUAGACCUUUCUAUAAUCCAUUUUUAGAUUUCUUGAAUGUUGUUCUCCUCCACCUCCACCCCCCACCCAUUGUUAAUGAAAUUUGUUUUUAACCCCAUGUUAAAGCUGAUAUGCAAGUGUAUUCAUAUUUAAAAUGAAAUGGCAGCUUAAAAUUAUUGAAAAUGUAAAAUUGUUUACUGAAUCAGAUGUAGGACAUGUAUACCUGCCUUUCAAGGGUAUGCAUAUACUUACUCCCAACGAGCCUUUCAGACAUGUGUGAUGAACCAACUUAGAUUCUAGCUGAAGUCUGCCUGUUAACCAAUCUAUGUGAGCUACUCAUUGGAAGAGCAUUACUUGCAAAUGGUUACCUAGCUGUUAGUCAUAGUCCAGUGCGUAAGUUCAAAUUAAAGCAUAUUCUGCUUAGUAGUAAGAAAUUUAUCAUUGUGAUAUGACAUUUAAUUGGUAUUUGGAGUUUAGUGAGCUCUGAUGAAUAAAAAAUGAAUUAUAUAUAAAAAAUCUUGUACACAAGACUAUUUGUAGGUGUACAGUAUUGAUGAGCAGAACUGAUCAUCAAACAACUAUUUUAAACUGUUGUCAUGGAGUAUACUUUAAAGCAUGCCUUUUUUGUGAUAUAACAUUUGUUCAUCUUAGUAUUAUUGUUGAGUAGUGGAGUACAGCAAAUCCUUUUACCCUGGGAUUUCGGAUGAUUGUUGUACAUGCACACUGUGUUGUUAUUCUGUGUUUCCUGUUUACAACAUUCAGUUAUUCUUGUUGAACUGGUACUGAGUGUAAGGAUGGCACUUAACUGUAUUCCUCCUCCCCCCCCCCCCCCACCCCCUUUCUCCCAUAAUGUUGAUUCAGGGGUCAAGUGAUUGUUAUGAGGAGGCUGACUUGUAGCAAAAGCAGAAGUAUAGAAUCAUUGUUGACAAUAUUCACUCCAUAUUUGACACACAUCAUUUUGAAGUGUGAAGACCCUACUUUUCAAUUCACACAGAUAGAGUCCAUUGUUACCAACUUUUGCUCUAGGUCUAUAUUUAAAACGAUAUUUUCUAUAGUCAACUAAAACUCAAGUUAAGGUAAAACAUCGUAAGAGAAAUUUUAAAGGAAUAUUUGGGUGCACUUUAUGUACAAAGGCCGUACAUCACCUAUGAAUGAGGCCCGAGAGUUACGAGAGAGAGAGAGGGGGGGGAUGACAGAUCACUCUUACCUGAGAGUAUGCAAUGUAAGAUUGCUGCUGUAACUUUAAUGUUGAUUGAAGAGAUAUGAUGAUCUUCAUUUUAAAUUAUAUGUAUUUGAAUCAAGAUGAUUUUGCAUUUUAAGACUGAGUUUUCUUAAUGUUGAACAAGGUAAAAUAAUUGAAUCUGUGGUUCAUUCUCUCAGUUGCCACACUGAAAAGGCAUGUACAAAAUCAUGAUGUAGGCGCGCGAAGCAACUGUACUGCAUACAGAAACUGUCCAGGAUCGUAUUUCUUAAUGUGAAUACUGUACAUUUGUACAUUAUGCUUAGUUCUUUGUGUGACUGUUUGAU